CAAACUGGUACUUUCACUUUUACAUCAUUUUAACAAACAUACAUGAAAUUGGUAGCUAGGUCAGUCUGGUAAUAACCUUGCUAUCGGUUGCUAGUGUCAGAUAAUGAGGAGAGCCUUUCAAUUUUGCCGCUUUUAGUAGCGGGUUUCCCGAUUUCCCAGGAAUUUUCAGUGUAACUUUGUCGCUCGAUUCCGGUUAGUGUGAUCUCCGCUCUCUCAGGUGCAAAGUGGUAGAGUUUGUCGUGAAAAUGACCAGUGUCGAGGAUAUUUUGGAGUACAAGAAAAAUAACGAUGAGGAUUAUUAUGCGAUAUUGGGUUGUGACGAGCAUUCUACUGUAGAACAAAUAAAUGCCGAGUACAAAGUACGGGCUCUUCAAUAUCAUCCAGACAAGAAUGAGGGGAACAAAGAAGCUGAACAAAAGUUUCAAUUACUGAAAGAAGCCAAAGAAGUACUGUGUGAUCCAGGAAGAAAAUGUAUUUACGAUAAAUGGAAAAACAGUGGCAUCUCAAUCUCAUACAAACAAUGGCUAGGAAUGAAAGAGCAUGUUCAACAGUCCAUGCAUUGGAGUACCCCCAAGACCAAGGACCGCAUGCUGGAAUCCGGAGGAUCUUCCGGCCCCUCUAGCCUUGGCAGCGGGGGGUCUGCUGCCCACCGCAGGGCCUCCGAAGGGGGGGCUAACCUCCAUUGGGGCGGCCGUGGGGCAGGGUCCCCUUGGGGAAAGGAGCCGCCCAGCGAGGUUGUCAGUAAAUUCAGAAAUUACGAGAUUUAAAUACCUGCUCGGUAUCCAGCUUUCCACCUUUCUUGAUAUCAAUAUGGAUAAAGUGUUGGAGGGAAUAGCUAUU